AUGCAGACCCACAACCUCACAGUUGUGACUGAGUUUAUCCUGAUGGGCAUCACUGACCGCCCUGAGCUACAGGCACCAUUGUUUGGAGUGUUCCUCAUCAUUUAUCUGAUCUCACUGGUUGGUAACUUUGGCAUGAUCAUCCUCACUUUGAUGGAUUCGAGGUUGCAAACACCUAUGUACUUCUUUCUCAGACACCUAGCUACUACAGAUCUUGGUUAUUCUACAGCUGUGGGACCCAAAAUGUUAAGAAAUUUUCUUGUAGAUCAAAAUACAAUAUCAUUUUAUUUUUGUGCUAUCCAGUUAUCUUUCUUUAAUAUGUUCAUUGUUAGUGAAUUUUUUAUUCUCUCUGCAAUGUCUUAUGACCGGUAUGUUGCCAUCUGUAAACCACUCCAGUACACUGUCAUUAUGUCACAAAGAGUAUGUUGGAUAUUAGUCACUAUUCCUUAUCUGUAUGGUAUAAUUGUCUCACUUCUACUUACCAUAAAGAUUUUCUCUGUAUCCUUCUGUGGCCACAAUGUAAUCAGUCAUUUCUACUGUGAUGGUCUUCCCUUGUUAUUUUUGGCCUGUUCAAAUACACAUGAAAUUGAGGUGAUAAUUUUAAUUUUAUCAGCUUUUAAUUUGCUUUCUUCUCUUCUGAUAGUUAUUUUGUCUUAUCUGUUCAUUCUUACAGCUAUUCUUAGGAUGAACUCAGCUGAGGGUAAAAGGAAGGCUUUCUCUACAUGUGGGUCCCACCUAACAGUGGUUAUUGUGUUCUAUGGGACUUUGAUAUUUAUGUAUUUGCAGCCUAUGUCCAUUCACUCUUUUGAUGCUGAUAAAGUGACUUCCAUCUUUUACACCCAGGUUAUCCCUAUGUUGAAUCCCUUAAUCUACAGCUUGAGGAACAAAGAUGUAAAAGAUGCCUUUAAAAAUUCAGUGGACAAGCUACUCAAUAUUGUCUUGUAG